AAGAAGUAGGGCCUCACUUACAAAAGUUUAAUUACAAGGCCCAAUAAUAAUCUUGUCUCUCUCCGCGGUGAUUCGCGUCUCGAGUGGCAGAGCCGUUCACAACGCUGCUGCCCCUUUUUCCAGCCGAAGGUAGCACCGAGCUUCAACCUCUCAAUCACAUCAGCAAUAAUUAAUAGGAGAACUACAGCUAUCCAGAAACCAACUCUUUCAAUCCCAACUAAAGAUUCAAAACAUAGAAAAAUAUGGCACUCGCUUGCUCAAAUAGUAUUCACCUUUUGGACGGCCAUAGUAAUUUUCUCAGUUCGACGCCAAAAUCUUUUACCUCACUCUGUUUUCGCGUGAGACCCAUCAAACGGGUCGCGCAGAAAAGUGGUUCUAGUAGCUUUGCUCGACUCUGGAGGAAAAAUAAUCAAUCUGCUAUGCUUGUAUUUAACGCCAUUGCUUCAAACAACGAGCCCUCCUCUGCUUCUGAGGAAAAUAUAGCUGUGCUGGUUAUUGGAGGGGGAGGAAGGGAGCAUGCUCUUUGUUAUGCCCUGCAGCGAUCUCCUUCCUGUGUUUCUGUGUUUUGUGCUCCUGGGAAUGCUGGAAUUUCUGACUCGGGCGAUGCAACUUGUAUAGAGGAUCUUGAUAUCUCUGAUAGCUCAGCGGUGAUUGCCUUUUGCCGUGAAAGGUCUAUUGGACUGGUUGUAGUGGGACCAGAGGCUCCCCUUGUAGCCGGUCUUGCUAAUGAUCUUGUUAAGGCUGGGAUUCCUACUUUCGGCCCUUCUUCAGAAGCUGCCGCCUUAGAAGGUUCAAAGGACUUCAUGAAACGGUUAUGUGACAAAUAUGAUAUCCCAACUGCCAAGUAUCGAACUUUUACUGAUCCAUCUGCUGCAAAAGCAUAUAUUGAAGCUGAAGGUGUUCCCAUUGUUGUUAAAGCAGAUGGGUUGGCAGCUGGAAAAGGUGUUAUUGUUGCUAUGACAAUGGAUGAAGCAUUUGAAGCAGUUGAUUCUAUGCUCGUGAAAAAUGUUUUUGGGUCUGCUGGGUGUCGUGUCAUCAUUGAAGAGUAUCUCGAAGGAGAGGAAGCAUCAUUCUUUGCUCUAGUGGACGGGGUGCAUGCCAUACCUCUAGAAUCUGCUCAGGACCAUAAACGAGUGGGUGAUGGUGACACUGGGUCUAAUACCGGUGGAAUGGGGGCAUAUUCUCCAGCCCCUAUCCUAACAAAAGAAGUAGAAUCUGUUGUCAUGAAAUCCGUAAUUCUUCCUACCGUGAAGGGAAUGGCUGCAGAGGGCCGCAAGUUUGUUGGGGUUCUGUAUGCAGGGCUGAUGAUCGAGAAGAAAUCUGGAAUACCAAAGCUGAUUGAGUACAAUGUCCGCUUUGGAGAUCCUGAGUGCCAGGUGUUGAUGGUUCGUUUGGAGUCAGAUCUGGCACAAGUGUUACUGUCAGCGUCCAUGGGAAAGCUAAGCGGUGUAUCUCUGGAGUGGUCUCAAGGGUCUGCAAUGGUUGUGGUAAUGGCGAGUGAAGGUUACCCGGGCAGCUACAAGAAGGGUACAGUGAUUCAAAAUCUCAAGGCAGCAGAGGAAGUGGCUCCGAGUGUAAGGAUUUUCCAUGCUGGUACAGCCCUUGACUCCGAGGGGAACUUCGUUGCUACUGGUGGUCGUGUUCUUGGUGUCACUGCUAAAGGGAAGGAUCUGGAAGAGGCCAGAGAUCGAGCAUACCAAGCCGUAGAGCAAGUGAAUUGGCCAGCCGGCUUCUUCAGACGAGAUAUUGGCUGGAGAGCUCUCGCCCGGAAACAAUGUGCUGCAAGAGGCUGACUGCUCAGGAUUUGUGCCAAUGUUUUGUAAGAGGGAAGAAACCAUUUUACUACAUUUUUAUUGUUGAGAUAUUUAAAGAACAAAACUGUAUGUAUGAUAUCAAAGGUAGUAAAAUGUCACUUGUUUUAAA